UAUCACGAUCUUUUUGCGAGGCAGCACAAUCCAGAAACAACAUCACAAACACCUCACGACAACCCGCGAUAUAACAUCCCAAGACCUCGACUCUCGAGUCCGACCACGUAUUACAUCCGCGACACACAAUCAACCUAUCUCGCGACUCUAACCUCCACCUUCGAGCCUCGAUCCCUCCUCCAUCAUGGCGAACUACCUCGCCUCAAUCUUCGGCACCGAAGCCGACAAAGUCAACUGCUCAUUCUACUACAAGAUCGGCGCAUGCCGCCACGGCGACCGCUGCUCCCGCAAACACGUCAAGCCCUCGUACUCGCAGACGAUCCUGCUCCCGAACCUGUACCAGAACCCAGCCUACGACCCCAAGAACAAGAUGAAUGCGUCGCAGCUGCAGAACCACUUUGAUGCCUUCUACGAGGACUUCUGGUGCGAGAUGUGCAAGUUUGGGGAGAUUGAGGAGGUUGUUGUUUGUGAUAAUAAUAAUGAUCAUCUCAUCGGGAACGUGUACGCGCGCUUCAAGUAUGAAGAUUCCGCGCAAAAAGCCUGCGAUGCUCUGAAUUCCCGCUGGUACGCCGCUAGACCCAUUUACUGCGAGUUAUCGCCCGUCACCGAUUUCCGCGAAGCAUGUUGCCGUCUGAAUAGCGGGGAGGGUUGCGUUCGAGGAGGUUUCUGCAAUUUCAUCCAUAGGAAGAAUCCGAGUGCGGAGCUGGAGAGGGAAUUAGAGUUGAGCACGAAGAAGUGGUUGAGGUUGAGGGGUAGGGAUGAGAGGAGUAUGUCGAGGAGUCCUAGUCCGGAGCCAACGAGGAAGAGGUAUUAGGCUGGUGAAGGGAGAGAUCAUGGGUUGAGAGAGGUGUGGAGGAGAAAAGAGAAAUUGCGGAAGAGAGGAUGCAGUUGGGAGAUUAAAUCUGGCGUUCCGGGCAUUAAAUGCUUUUUCAUACGCACGAAUCUCAAGGAGAAAAAGUCGUGUACUGUACACUAUAGCGCAAGACAUAAUCUUGCCAUCAAAAAUCGAACGAUAGCUCCUUCCAAAACAUUGCAG